AUGUCUUGGCUUCGACUAGAACCCCGGGCCCUGCCCAUGCUCUACACUCAUAUUCUCGCUGUAGGGAUCCUGAGUAUUAUUUUUCUGGUUGCUGCUUUGCGUCUAACUCGCAGACGUGUCUACCCUUUACCUCUGCCGCCUGGCCCUCGUCACUUACCAUUUUUGGGUAAUGCUCUCCAAUUGGACACAGAACGGCCUUGGCUCACCUAUACUAUGUGGGGAAAGAUGUAUGGAAAUAUUAUUCAUUCCCGGGUUCUUGGGAUCGACUUCAUCAUCAUCAACUCCGAAUCGAUUGCGCGAGAGUUGUUGGACAAGCGUUCUGCGAUCUAUUCGGAUCGCCCUGUCAUUCCCACCAAUGAAUUAGCUGGGCUGGAUUUCAACACUGUGCUCCUUCCGUAUGGCGAGACUUGGCGACGACAUCGCAAGAUCUUCCAUCAAGUCCUCAGGGCCGAAGCCUCUGUCUCAUACCGCGAGAUGUACUCUCGCCACGCCAAUGAACUAGUCAUCAAUCUUUUGAAUACUAGUGACUUGCAUAAACACACUCAAGCAUAUGCGGCAUCCCUGAUCAUGACCGUGACAUACGGACACACUGCUCACGGAAACGAAGACCCAUUUCUUGCCCGCGCGAGUGAACUCGCUGAUAUUGGCAAACGUGUUAUUUCUCCCGAGAAAGCUGUCAUGUUCACAGCCUUUCCUUUUCUCGAAAAGCUGCCAAAUUGGUGCUUUGGUGGAGCCUUUGCAUCAAUGGGACGAACUAGAGAAUUAUCUCAGCAGCUUUUGAACGAGCCCUUUAACGAGGUGAAGGCACAGAUGGCGAAUGGUACUGCGUCGCAUUCAUUGGUCGCCGACUUCCUCAGUCAAGCUGACGACAACGCUGACGAAGACACGAUGAAGGCAGUUGCGUUGACGGCGUACACAGCCGGUAUAGACACAACUAUGUCCACAUUGCAGACAUUCCUGUUGGCUAUGGUACUCUAUCCUGACGUCCAAGCCCAGGCUCGAGCAGAAAUAAAUCAAGUCGUGAGGCAUGAUAAAAUGCCAUGCCUUGAUGAUAGGGCUUCACUACCCUACCUUGAUGCCAUUCUCCGUGAGAUCCUGAGAUGGUAUCCUAUCGUCCCUCUAGGAGCACCACAUGCGGCAUUAAAUGAUGAUAAUUACGGCGGGUACUUUAUACCCAAAGGUGCGAUGGUAACGGUUAACCAGUGGGCACUGUCUCGGGACGAAGACUUGUUUCCAGAUGCAUCGCGCUUCGAUCCUAGUCGCCAUCUGACAGCUGGUGGGCAGCUGAAGGAUUAUUUCGUCAAUCAUUCUGCCUUUGGUCAUGGCAGGCGCAUUUGUCCUGGUCGUUGGUUUGCGGAGAACGGUCUGUGGACAGCGACUGCUGCCAUACUCGCUGUCUUGCGCAUCGAUCAUGCUAAGGACUCUAACGGAGACAGGAUUGAGGUGAAACCGGAAUUUACCACAGGCGUGGUGAUUCGACCGAAACCUUUUCGGUGCUCGUUUGAGAGCGUGAAUACAGCGAGAGAAGAGCAGCUUCGAGCGAUGAUGAAUUUGAAGUAG